UUGUUUGCGUACAACCCAGCUCAUAGCAUGGUCAAAAAAACUAAACGUCAGAGUCUGAAUUUUCCGGACGUUCAAGGGUGGGUACCUUAUACAGCGUUCUCAAAAAACAGAGAUUCUUCAGAACCCACUUAUGCAGAAGUUCCUAAAGACUGGAAAGAACCUGAAUUCAAACCUGAGGAUAACCCGCAUGGUCGACUGUUUGCACUCUCCUCCUUUAUUACUUUGUUUCCGAAAUAUCGGGAGAAAUAUAUCAAGGAAAUUUGGCCUGCACUCAAAAAGGUCCUUUUAGAACACCAUAUCCGUGCCGAACUAGACUUGACAGAAAGUUCGAUGGAAGUUCGGACAACCCCAAAGACCUUUGAUCCAUUCAUUAUCCUCAAAGCACGAGAUGUAAUGCGCCUGUUGGCUCGUUCGGUACCGUUUGAACAGGCUAUCCGUGUCUUACAGGAUGACAUUUUUUCCGAUGUCAUCGAAAUAAAUUUGACUAACCGAGAGCGGUUUAUCAAACGACGCAAUCGUUUGAUUGGCUACGAGGGUGAAACAUUGAAAGCACUCGAACUGUCCACCAAUUGCUACAUUGUGGUUCAAGGAAAGACUGUUUCUGCGAUUGGGCACUAUGAAGACUUGAAGCAGGUACGCAAGAUUGUUCUUGGAUGCAUCUAUGACAAUAUCCACCCGGCUUAUUCAAUAAAACGGCUGUUGAUUAUCAAAAAGCUCCAGGCUGAUCCAACCAAGAAAGAUGUGUCUUGGGAUCGAUUUUUACCAAAAUUGAAGAAGAAGGUCCUCAGUCGCCGACGCAAGCCCCAUAAGGUCAGAAAGAAGAAAGAAUACACACCUUUCCCGCCACCGAUUACACCUUCGAAAGUGGAUAUCGAACUAGAAAAGGGUACAUAUUUCUUAGCCGAGGCUGAACGAAAACGUUUGAAGACGGCCACAAAAAUUGCCCAGUCUGAAAAGGUGGCAAAAGAACGUAAAGUGAAACGAGCCGCGGCUUUCGUUCCACCUAGCUCGCAAGAACCAAAGCCCAAGAAGAAGAGGAAAAAUGCUAAUGAUGAUGAUAAUGAUGCUUAUUCAUAGAAUCAAUAUUAACUAUAAUGUAUGAACAAUCUUGUGGACAGCUUUGUAAAUAAAAGUCUUCUUCCAUUAUGA